UAUGAGCUCAUUGACAGCAAACAAAGAGAGAGAGAGAGAGAGAGAGAGAGAGAGAGGGGAAUCUAACCAAUCUCUCUUUUGCUCUUCUCUUUUCAACUUUUCAUUCUCCUCUGCUCCAGAUUUGUUUGAGCAAUGGCCGAGGAGCCUGCACCCACUCGCUGGUCCUUCCAGGAUUUUAAAUUGUUUUAUGAUGCCAAGUUUGGUAGAAAGAAAGUGGCAGAGCCGCAAAACGGGCAGUCCACUGAUAAAGCUGUGAGUAAUGGGAGUAGUUCGGGGGUGACUGCGAAUGGGAAUGGUCAUGUUAAAAACACAGCUGACUUGGCCAUCUACGAGCAAUUUCAAAACCAGGAUAGGAGCUCGGCACCUCACUCGAAUGGAGUCUUAUCUGAUAGGCAUGAUCAGACACCACAGAAGUCUCUGUUGCCGGCUUUUGAAUCAACAGAAAUGCGUUCGUUAGCAGAAAGUUUAGCCAGGGAUAUAGUUCGUGGUAAUCCAGAUGUUAAGUGGGAAAGCAUCAAGGGCUUAGAGAAUGCAAAACGUUUGCUUAAAGAAGCAGUGGUCAUGCCAAUUAAAUAUCCCAAGUACUUUACUGGUCUUUUGUCACCGUGGAAAGGUAUUCUCCUCUUUGGCCCUCCAGGGACAGGAAAGACAAUGCUUGCAAAGGCCGUUGCAACAGAGUGCAAGACCACAUUUUUCAACAUUUCAGCCUCGUCUGUUGUCAGUAAAUGGCGUGGCGACUCAGAGAAGUUAGUGAAGGUGUUAUUUGAGCUUGCUAGGCACCAUGCACCAUCAACCAUAUUUAUUGAUGAAAUUGAUGCAAUUAUUAGUCAACGUGGUGAAGGACGAAGUGAGCAUGAAGCGAGUAGGCGUUUGAAGACGGAACUACUCAUACAGAUGGAUGGCUUGACGAGGACAAGUGAACUUGUUUUUGUUUUGGCUGCAACAAACCUUCCUUGGGAACUGGAUGCAGCCAUGCUUCGGCGUCUUGAGAAGCGAAUUCUUGUGCCUCUGCCUGAAGCAGAAGCAAGAAGAUCCAUGUUUGAGGAGCUCCUGCCACUGGAGCCUGAUGAGGAGAAGCUUCCUUAUGAUUUGUUGGUUGAAAGGACAGAAGGAUAUUCAGGUUCAGAUAUUCGAUUGGUAUGCAAGGAGGCUGCCAUGCAGCCUUUGAGACGGUUAAUGUCAUUCCUUGAAGACAGAGAGGAAAUAGUUCCUGAGGAUGAACUGCCUAAGGUUGGACCAAUUAAACACGAAGAUAUUGAGGCAGCUUUGAAGAACACAAGGCCAUCUGCUCAUCUCCAAGCUCAUCGUUAUGAGAAGUUCAAUGCGGAUUACGGUAGUCAAAUACUCCAAUGAUGGCACAUAACCUGUCUUGUCUUGUAUGGUUAGAUUUGUUAGUUCUGGACUUCGCUUAGAUUACCAUUGCCUAUUGGACAUCCAAGGGUUGUUCUGAGAAGUGUAAUUUGUGUGAAACCGAAUAAAAAGUUGGCUGUUUUCAGAUGAAAAUAGGUUGAUUUGUUUUGUAUUUAAACGAUUCAGAUUUGAUGUAUGAAGAGAACAGGUUAGCCAGGACUGGCUUUAUCUC